AUGCCCUCCGUAACACCCUCCCUCUGCACCCCGGCGGAGAAUCACUCCAGGCAACAACAAUUCUCCUUAGCGUUGCUGGCUAUUUGCUUCUCCAUAUCAGACAGUCAGCAACCAACGCAGGGAACCAGAAGUCUCCUCCUCUUCGAGCUGUACUUAGCCUUUAUUUACGUCACCUUCACGGCGGCGGUCGUCCUCUCCGUUCUCUCCCUUCGCCCCUCUGGAGGAGGAGCUGCUCCGGCGACGGCCUUGAUACAACAGUGGGGGCAACCCAUCGGUCUCGUUUCGGCUUCAGCGGCUUUUGUGCUCAGGUCAUGCCUUGACCUUCCUAUUCCCUCACUACUCCGCAUCUGGUUUUUCCCCAUGGCGCUCGCCGUCGCGCUCCUCGUCUUCCUCGCCUGGAAUAAGUACCGCUCCGCCGUCGCAACCAUGCCCUCCGUAACACCCUCCCUCUGCACCCCGGCGGAGAAUCACUCCAGGCAACAACAAUUCUCCUUAGCGUUGCUGGCUAUUUGCUUCUCCAUAUCAGACAGUCAGCAACCAACGCAGGGAACCAGAAGUCUACUCCUCUUCGAGCUGUACUUAGCCUUUAUUUACGUCACCUUCACGGCGGCGGUCGUCCUCUCCGUUCUCUCCCUUCGCCCCUCUGGAGGAGGAGCUGCUCCGGCGACGGCCUUGAUACAACAGUGGGGGCAACCCAUCGGUCUCGUUUCGGCUUCAGCGUUUUUUGUGCUCAGGUCAUGCCUUGACCUUCCUAUUCCCUCACUACUCCGCAUCUGGUUUUUCCCCAUGGCGCUCGCCGUCGCGCUCCUCGUCUUCCUCGCCUGGAACAAGUAUCGCUCCGCCGUCGCAACCAUGCCCUCCGUAACACCCUCCCUCUGCACCCCGGCGGAGAAUCACUCCAGGCAACAACAAUUCUCCUUAGCGUUGCUGGCUAUUUGCUUCUCCAUAUCAGACAGUCAGCAACCAACGCAGGGAACCAGAAGUCUACUCCUCUUCGAGCUGUACUUAGCCUUUAUUUACGUCACCUUCACGGCGGCGGUCGUCCUCUCCGUUCUCUCCCUUCGCCCCUCUGGAGGAGGAGCUACUCCGGCGACGGCCUUGAUACAACAGUGGGGGCAACACAUCGGUCUCGUUUCGGCUUCAGCGGCUUUUGUGCUCAGGUCAUGCCUUGACCUUCCUAUUCCCUCACUACUCCGCAUCUGGUUUUUCCCCAUGGCGCUCGCCGUCGCUCUCCUCGUCUUCCUCGCCUGGAACAAGUACCGCUCCGCCGUCCAAGACACCCCCGCUCCACAUACCUCUCUAGAAGGAGGAUCUAGCAAAUGUAUAUUACAAGCCUGUCUAGUUGGCUAUAUAGAGCCAUUAAUAAAAUCAUGAGUAAGGCUUGGUGAAUUUUGCAUCGCCGGCUGACCCCGAUCUUCUGAGAAGGGUUCGAGUGGAGUAUGAACGUUGGGACCCGAAAGAUUUGGGGGUGUUGUUCUAAAGCCAGAUAAUUUUCCUCUAAUUUUUCCGUGGUGCAACAGCCAAUGAGUCUAAUUUUUUAUAAUUAUUUCUCUCUUUGCUUUAUUGCAAAGGGCCUAUUUUUUUCUUAUUUCCUUUUUUUUUUUUUUUACACCCUCGAAGUGAGCUGAGUUUUUUGUUUUUUUUUUAAAUAUAUAUAUACUAAUUAAAGAAUGUCCGAAUUGAUCAUAUAUAUACCCAAUGAAAUUCAAUUGCAUACAGGCGCGUAGGAUAGUUUAACGGAGGGGAUAUGCCGUACCUUGGACCAAUCAGCUCCAUCCUCCUCAGCCCUUUUUCUAAAUGCCUCGGACAUGCCCUCCAGCCAACAUCAGCUCCUCGAGGGCCCGCAUGCCCUUCAUCCCCUCCGGCAGCGAUUCCCGCAGGGGGCAGCUGAGCAGGGUGAAGCGGACGAGGGAUCCCAGAUCUCCUCCUCGCUCAGAAAGGGAAGUCUGUGGAUUUUUCCCUGUGUGUACAUAGCGACAUCCUCUAUGCGGGUGGUGAGGAUCACUCUGCUCCCCGGGGAGGGCGGCAGGGCGGAAUUUAUUAGAUCCCAGGCCUUCUUCACUCAGAUAUCGUCGAUGACCACAGGGUACCUCACCUUUUCAAGGAGGGUUUUCAGCUUCUUCACCAGCUGCGUGUCUUCCAAUUUCCUGAUCUCCUCCUUCUCCAUCUUCGUUCCCGGGAUGCAGUCUAGGAUGCUCCACAGAAGUUCAGUGGGUGUGAAUUUUCUGACGAACAGUACCCAAAUUGUACAAUUAAAAUGACGCUUGACCGCAUAGCUGCUGUAGAUCUUCCUGGCGAUGGUUGUCUUCCCUAUCCCUCCCAUUCCCAGCACUGAUAUGACUGCGAGCUUGCCUUUCCCAUUCAACAGCUGCUCCCUCACGGAUCGCUCGGUCUCUGCAAAUCCCACGACGCUCAGGCCCUGGGAUAGAGCAGCCUUAUCCAGCUCAGACGUACCUCGCGCCACAACGGAGGAGGGAGGGGAUUCAUCUACUGGUUUGAGUUUUAUGUUGUAGGCCCCCAUAUUUUUGUGAAUCUCGCCGAUCCUCCUCCUGGAAUGUUCAGUACGGGUACCCAGUUUGUGACGAGCAGAGGUUUCACCCACACCGACGAGGAAGCUCAUCAGGGAGCCUCUGAUGCCGCUACGUUUCUUCUGGUCGAUCAUGAGAUAGAAAUCGUCGAUGAUGUCCUCAGCUUCAAAGGCCGCUUCUCUCAGCUGCUGGCCCAGUUCCUCCACCUGAGCUGGAACUUGAGCUCUGUUCCGGUCAAAAUCCGCAAGGUAUGCGUUUAUGA